AUGGGUGUUGGUCAAAGUUUCAAGUCAUGCAUCAAUAAGCCAGCAUAUCAAAAAGAUCGCAGUAAACGAAGACCAAAACUUAUGCAGGCUCAUCGAGACUAUGCGAACACUUUUAAUACAAAAACUUCACUUUAUUUAUUAAGUGAAAAUUCAUUAUUUAUUUAUAACACUGAGAGUGAUAGUGAACAAAACAUAAAAUGAGAAAUCCCUAGCCCCCUAAGCGGUGUCGGCAGCAGCAUAGUUGAACUUCCAAAUGGUAAAUUAUUCUGUUUUGGUAAUUAUCCAGCUUUGGGGGUUUCACUGAUAAUUGAUAAAAAUUUUAGCAUCCAGCAUCUGGCAUCUAGUUCCAAUAUUGUAUUUUCAUCAGUUAUAUAUUUCAAAAACAAUGUCUAUUGUUUUGGAGGGCAAGAUUUUAAAGAUAACAAGUUAACUUUAUCUCGCAGAUUCGAUUUAAAUGUAAAUCGGUGAUUUUAUUUGCCUCCAAUGCCAAUUGCUGAUUGCUAUUGCAAUUGUGCAAUCUUUGAUGGAAAUAUUUUGAUUUCUGGGGCUGUGAGUAGAAAUCUUUUAUUGUAUUCAGUUUAUCUUAACUCUUUCUCUUAUAUUCCUUAUGAGUUUGAAGAAUAUAAUAGAAAGAUCCUAGUAAAUGCAGAAAGGAGACUGUACUUGAUUGAGUGUAAGAAUGGAUCUAUUUAUGAGAGCAAAAUUGGAAGCUGCAUGGAUUGCAGACUCAACAAUUGAUUUAAAUCCUUCCCAAGCAUAUAG